UUACAAAUCAGCUCACGUUUGUUGUGGAGAAUCCCUGAGUUUUUACCAUUGUUUCCCGUCAGGCCUUGCACUGUAUGUUCGGCCUGCGUUUACGCAAACUCCUAUCGCCUUGUAGUUUGUUACCAUUGCUGUGUCACGAUCGCUCCGGGAGCCCAGGGGCGGACGCGUCAGCAGACGUGGAGGCGGACGAAGAAGAGGAAGCGGAGGAGGGCGAAGGAGAAGCCGCCGCGGGAACAGCAGCGCCAGUACCUGCCCUGUGAGGCGGUGUCCAGGGACGGUAGAGCUAGCUGGGCUCGUUUAGUCGGUCGGUCCGCAUCACUGGGAGAAGCUGCUGAGCUCCCAGUAGCGGCCGCCAGACACACAGCGGUCACGGCCCGAGAAUCUACAGCCGGCGGCAAACGCCGCCUAUUCCAGCGGGGAAAGGUUAAGAAAAAGGACAUGAUGUCAAAGAUCCGGCGCAAAGUCACCGUAGAAAAUACCAAGACCAUAUCAGAUAGCACCUCACGUAGACCGAGUGUUUUUGAGAGACUUGGGCCUAGCACUGGUACUGGCAAUAGUGCUGAGACUCAGUGUCGUAAUUGGAUGAAGACUGGGUCUUGUAUUUAUGGUAACGCCUGUAGGUUCAUUCAUGGCCCUUCACCAAGAGGAAAAGGUUAUAGUAGUACUUACAGAAGGUCACCAGAAAGACCUACAGGAGAUUUACGUGACAGAAUGAAAAAUAAACGCCAAGAACUUGAGACUGAGCCACAGAAACGAACUGCUGAGGAGUCCACCUCUCCUACUAGGAAAGAGCCUUCUCGGGGGAGGCACAGAGAAAAAGAAGAUAUAAAAAUUAUUAAAGAGAGAACUCCUGACAGUGACGAUGAAGCUGGUGAAUGGGAAGCUACAAGAGAUGAUUCUGAAAGUGGUGACAUUAACUAUGAUUAUGAUCACGAAUUAUCCUUGGAAAUGAAGCGCCAGAAAAUCCAGAGAGAGUUAAUGAAACUUGAGCAAGAGAAUAUGGAGAAACGGGAAGAAAUUGUUAUUAAGAAGGAGAUUUCUCCAGAAGUAAUAUCUAAAAUGUCUCCUUUGACAAGAAAAUCUAGCAAGUCCCCAAAAAGGAAAUCCAGUCCUAAAUCUAUCAGUUCUACAAACAAAAAGGAAAGGAAGGCAGGUGGUGGUUCACCUCCUCCAUCGGAACAGUCAGUCAGACAUGCAAAAGGAUCAUUGAGCAAAAAGAAAGGCCCACGUACUCCGAGUCCACCUCCACCAACACAAGAAGAAUUUCCACUGGGGGGAAAGAAACACAAAGAUAAACAUAAGACAAAAGAUCGAGUGGAAGAAAGAGUAAAGGAUGUAAAAGAAAGAGGACGCGAAUUAGAGAAACAGAGAGACAGGAAAGAUAAACAAAGGGAUGCUUCUGAGGGGUCCCACAGACAAAAGCAAUCCCCAAGUCCAGCUGAGCGCUCAGGCAGCAAUUCGUCUAAUUCCAGGGAUUAUUCACCGCCUACAUCUCGAAGACGACAAGAAACUUCACCAGUACUUACCAAGUCUUCAUCCCACAAACAUACACAUUCCCCUUCUUGCAGGUCUGUAUCAUCAACUGGAAGGCAUCAUUCUCCCAUGUCCUCCAGACAUCACUCCCCUUCAUCUCAGUCAGGGUCUUCUGUGCAGAGACAAUCUCCUUCUCCUCGACGCAGAAGAACACCGUCUCCGCCCUACCAAAAAGCAUCACCUUCAGCUAGACGGUCUUCAUCCUCUCCAUAUCCCACUCAUGCUUCCUCCUCUCCUCAGAGAAAAAGGAGCCCUUCUAAGCAUCGUUCUCCAGCCAGAGAAAAGGCGAGGCGCGAGAGGGCCUCUGCAUCACAGGACAGACGAUAUGACAGGAGGGCUGACAGUAGGGGAAGAAAAGAUAAGGAAAGGGAAAGAGAUGAAAGAGAUCAUGACCAUGAGCCUAGUACUUCAAGGGACCACAGAGAUGAGCGAGAGUCUCGAGAUGGUCGUGAUCGCAGAGACCUCAGAGAUACUCGUAGAGAUCCCAAAGACCCAAGGGAUGGUCGAGAAAACCGUGAUACACGGGAGUAUAGAGAAAAAGAAACCCGUGAUCAGAAGGAUUCACGCCCCACUCGGGAAACCCAUGACUACAGGGAAAGGGACAACCGUGAGUCCCAUCGUAAGGAGGAGCAAUAUUCUGAUGAUCGCAGCUAUAGAAGAAGUCAUGGGAGAGAUGAAACUUCACGGUCUGAAACUAGAAGUGACAACAGAAAUGAAUCAAGAAGUGAAACUAGGAAUGAUCGCAAUGGUCGAGCAAGAGGGCGUGCCCCAGAACCUUCUGAUAAGGCUGGCAGGGGGGCUAGAGGUUCUCAAGCUGAGAGCCACAGCAGUAGCAGCUACCAUGACAACUGGGAUUCUCGAACUGGUUAUACAGAUAGAGAUCGAUAUGAUAACAGAGAACAGGGCAGAGACUCUUCAUUUGAUCGUAGACACGGAGACCGUGAUCGUCGAGACAGAGAGAGAGAUCAGAGACAGACUUCACCGUCAAGACAUCAAGGAAGGGGUGAUGAGGAGCGUGAUGAGCGAAGAGAGGAUCGUAGAGUGGAACGCACUGAGGACAGGAGAGAUGAUAGAGCAAGAGAGCGGGAAAGGGAGAAAGAGAGGGAAAAGGAGAGAGAGCGUGAAAGAGAGCAACGUGAAAGAGAAAAAGAGCGGGAAACAGAGCGUGAAAGAGCCCGUGAGAGGGAUAGAGAAAGAGAGCGAGACAAAGAAAGAGAGCGGGAAAGAGAAAGGGAGCGGGAAAGAGAACGAGAAGAACGAGAGCGUGAAAGGGAGAGGGAACGAGAAUGGGAAAGGGAGCGUGAAAGAGAAAGGGAACGCGAGCGUGGACGGGAGAGAGAACGAGAUCGUCCAAGAGAAUGGGAAGAAAAAGACAAAGGGCGAGAAGAUCGCAGGGAGAAAAGAGAUGAUGUGCGUGAUGAAAGAAAUCCAAAAGAAAUACAUGAGGACAGAAAAACAAAAAAGCGUCAUAGAAAUGAAAGCAGUCCUAGUCCUCGCCCAUCUCCUAAACGCCGACGAGAACAGUCUGCUGAUAGUGAUAUUUACAACAGUGGAGAUGAUAAAAGUGAGAAGCAUAAACUUCUAAGUCAAGUAGUCAGACCUCAAGAUUCACGUGCCCUAAGCCCUGCACAAAUUCCUGAAGAAAGGCCAACUCGAUGGAAAGAAGAAGAAAGGAAGGCAGAUAGAAAGGACAUUGCUAGACGUUUUGAGGAGACAGAGCCUAACGAGAAAAUAAUGUCCUUAGAAAAACAGCGAGAACAUGUGCUAGAACCGAUUGAAAACUCAAAGUCUAAAGAGUCAGAAAAUUUGAUGCAACACAAACAGGAGGAAAGAGAUUCUGGUGACAAAGGACAUGAAGAGAAGGCCAAGAAGACUAAAGUGCAAAAGAAACCUGGAAAGAAAAAGAAAGAAGAGGAAGUUGUGGUAGAAAAAAGUACUCCUGAGCCGCAGCCAGAAGAAGUUCCAGUCUUUUCACCCAAGAAGGUCCAGAAGAAGAAAAAUCCUGAGAAGAAGCGUAAAAAAUCAAAAGGGGACUCUGAUGUUUCUGAUGAAGAAAUUAUCCCUCACAGCAAGAAAAAGAAAGGACCCAGAACUCCACCAAAAACAGCAAUUACUAUAGCUGUAACUGCAGUAACUGCUCCAAAAGAGGAGGUUACAGAGGUGUUGCAAGAGAAGGUAGUAGCACAAACUGUGCCUGAAAAAGAAACUACAUUCAGUGACUGGUCAGAUGAAGAUGUUCCAGAAAAAGAAUCUCUUGUUCCUGAUAGAAGUACAGAAGAAAUGCUAAAAAAAACUUCUAAAGUCAAAAUGGAAAAAGAAGAUCUGUGCCCUGCAACAGUGGAAGAGCCUGCAUCUCGUAAGCCUUCUGAGCAAAAGCGAAGCAGCAGUAUUUGCAGCAACCAGAGUAGGACAUCAAGCCGCAUAAGGUCACCAUCCAUCGAAUCGCAUCGUAGUGCAGAUGAGCAGACUGGAAGGAAAAGGUUAUUACAUGGCAGUUCUAAAGAUCGAGAACGGAAUAGGAGCAUUGAACCAACUGGGGAACGCAAAUCCAGAAUUGAUCAGCUGAAACGAGGAGAGCCUAGUCGCAGCACUUCUUCAGAUCGUAUAGAUUCUAGGAGCCACAGUUCCAGAAGAAGUUCUCCUGAGUCUGAUCGCCAAGUACAUUCCAGAUCAGGGUCAUUUGACAGUCGAGAGAGAGCAUCCGAAAGAGAACGCUAUGAAUAUGAGAGGGAAAGAGAGCGUGAGAAGGAAAGAGAGAGAGAAAGAAGAGAAGGAAGAGUGAGAGACUGGGAUAGAGAGGCUGAUAAAGACUGGCCAAGGAAUCGAGAACGUAUAAGAGAACGAGAAAGAGAGAGGGACAGGAGGAGAGAUCUGGAAAGGGAACGAGAAAAAUUGGUUCCUGACAGUAUUGAGAAAGAUAGAGUUCGACUUCUUGAUGUGCCUGCAAUAAUUGAGCAAAAACGUGAUCCAAAGGAGCGAGACCCUGACAAAAAUUAUGAGACACCCAGCCGAAAUACAUCAAUAGUUGAAAGGACAGAAAAAGAGACUGAGAAUUUGGCAGAUUUGGGUACUAGCCACAAAAUAGAAAAAUCAGAAAGUUUUGAUGGUGCAGAUACUUUGUUUGAACAUGAACUAGGUGCAUUAAAUAUGGCUGCAUUGCUUCGGAAACAGGAGAGAGCUGGUUUGCUCAGUAACCUUGGACCUUGUUGUAAAGCACUUUGUUCUAGAAGAGACCUUGCUAUUCGAAAACAACUUGUCCAAAACGAGAAGGGUACUGUGAAACAGGCAUAUUCGACUCCUCCAGAAGUGGACAGUGAAUUGCUAAGAUUAAGCUUGCGUCUUUUUAAACGGAAACCAUCAAGCUGUGUUUUGAGCCAGGAAAAGACUGAAGAAUGCAAAUUUUCAGAUUCAAACAAGCAGAUAGAAGUUGGCAUUUCUUAAAGGGCCAUGAUACCCAAAUGUUGAAACACUUGAAAGUGAUGCAGCAUAGCUGUAAAAAGCUGACUAGAAAAUAUAACCUGAACAUCUCUAUGUAAAAAUGAAAGAUAUUUUACUUCGAAAUGUCCUAAGUAUUUAAACCCCAUUGCAAAGGACUUUAAGCAGCAAAUCAGUAUGUAUGUCCCUAUUCAGUUUAAGGAAGUUUACUAUGAAAUCUCAUGAAAUCACAGUAAGAGAGUUCAUGACUUCAGCAUUGCUGAUGCUGAUUGGCUGCAGUUCAUUUCUUCAUAUUUUUUUAUUUUUUUUUACCUGCAACUGGACAACAGCUAAAGUAUAAGUUUUUACGCAGAACUUACUCUGCUGAGCUGAGGAAAUUGUGAGGUAAUAUAUCUUCCUUUUUUACAUAGAGAUGCUCAGGUGAUAUUUUCCUGUCAGCUUUUUACAGUUAUACUGCAUCAGUUUCAAGUGAUUUAGCAUAUGAGUAUUAUGUCCCUUUAACUCUUAAUUUAUCAGACUUUUUGUGUUGAACAUAUGCAUUUGUUUCUAAUCUUGUGUGGUCAUUUUGUUAUUUCUAAAUUUUCAGUCCUUGAAAAUGUUCGUCAUGUUCUUGUAAAAUCCAAUUAUAAAAGUUUUAUAAUACUG